GUACGUGGUGCGCAGGACGAAUAAAGCCCAAGUAACCGACGGCUCUGCGGUCCUUUUUGAUCAGCGCAUUUUCGCCGUUGGUCCGCGCAAUCAAAUGAAAUUCUAAAAAACCUUCAGUCCGUGCGUGGGAAGACCGCUACCUAGUACUACUUUCGGAAGAAGAAACGUGGAACAAUUCCUGGAUUUUUGGAUUGGUCAAAUAAACGUGGAAAACUUGUUAGUACGUUGUCGAGUACGUCUACAGCCGCCUUGCUGCCACGACCGUUGAGCAACAUCAAUUGAUAGGGCUUCUUGACAACUCAAGCAGAAACACGAAAAAUACCUGCGUUUGGAACGUACCUAAAUCGAAUCCAGGACCUUGAACUACACGUUCCGUUUUUCCCCUCCGGGCAGAAGAAUCCAAAAUGUCUCCGCGCUCUCGUUCCCGCUCUCGCUCCCGCUCCGUGGAGCGCCGCCGCUCCCCGGAACCCCGCCGUGAGAAUCGCGACCGCGACCGUUCUAUGGAUUGUAAAAAUGUCUGGGUCUGGAAGGAUGCGAACUUGUGAUGCGCAUUUCACAACACAGAUAAAUCUCUCAUGCACAGGCAGCAAAAGGUAAAGGUGCCCACUUCCGGUCACCAAAAUGGGGAAUUUGUCAUGCGGAUUAAGCAAUGCGGAAGCUUCUCGAAAUCUGUGAUGCUAGGGCUUCCAUGACAGACAUUUUGCGUCAUGCAAAAACUGCAUGACAUCUUCCAGACCCAGACAUUUUUGCAGUUGAUACGCUCUAUCUCCCGCGAGCGCCCCCGUGGUGGCAAUGGUGGCGGCGACGGUGGCACCACUUUGUGGGUCGUAUCAAAUGUAAAAGUGUCUGGGUAUGGAAGAAUGCAACUUGUGAUGCUGAUUUUGGAUUCUAAAAAAAUCUGUAUUGCAUGAGCAGCAAAGAGAGUCCAAAUUUUGCAGCACGGAAAGAGCAUUUGUCAUGCGGAAUAGGCAUCGGGAAGCCCUCUAAAAAUCUGUGAUGCUAGGGCAUGCGUCACAGACUUGAGGAGUCAUGCAAAAUGUGCAUGACAAACCCGGUAAUCUUCCAGACCCAGACAUUUUUACACUUGAUAGGUCGGCGGGUUGCCCGAAUCCGUGCGGGAGGACGACGUGCGCGACGUUUUCAGCAAGUUCGGAAAGGUAUGGUAAUGUAUUUUGGACUACAACACCAGGCUCUUUUAGCAAUAGAAAAGGAGCCCGCUAUCCCGCUACCGCAUGACAAAGUUGAAGUGCGGAUAAGUACUAGUCUGGGACUUUCACAACUCAUCUAAUAUGCGAAAGACAAAUCAUGGUGGGUGCAAGAACAGGAAAAAAUCUGUGAUUGCAGUCCGUGCAUGAUAAACUGUAAGUAUUUCUUUUCAGAUGCAUGGUUCCUAUGUCUAGAAAAAAAAAAUAUUAUAGAACUUCUAAAAACGCUAUAGAGAUUCUCACGCAUAGACAUUCUGACUCUCAUAGAUGUUCUCGCUGCUCUUUGUUGAAAACAAUAAUUGGCACACGGUGCGCGCUUCGGAUUUUUGUUUUGGAGGGGCGCGGGCGUCCUCUCGUAUUCUGCCUGCGCUUGGCGCCGGGAAAAUGGCAUUGCGCCUACCGCGCGCGCUUCCCUAGGCGCCGUCGCUGACAGUGGUGAUGGUAUGCGCGUGCCCAUUCUGUAUUGCUCUGUGGCCGGGAGAAAAAUUUGGAGCGCCGCGCGCACGCAGACACCCUGGCCCGAGCAGGGGGCGGAUGCUUCCUUAUUUCCUUUUGCUAUCAGGGGCCGGCCGAAAAAAAAUUUUCGCGCGCGCCGCGCCCACUCAGGCGCGCGCCAUGACCGGGCAGGCGUAGAGGCCCUUCCCUAUGCGUGCCCGGUAGCCGCGCGCUUGCCGAGAAUUUUUUUUCGUGCACAGCGCAUGCGCAAGCGCUUUGGCCUGAGGGCGUGGAAGGUAUUCUUUCGUGUCCGGAAACCCGGGGCGGGCCGGAAAAAUAUUCUGCGAGCGCGCGCUGCGUGUGCGCAGACGCCUUGGCGGGGGGGCGCGGAGCGAAUGUUUUUUGCGCGUCCAGCAGCGAGGGCGGCGCGCCGGAAAAAAAAAAGUUGCGCGCGCGCGCAUGCGCAUGCGCCCCGACCUGAAGGCGCGGAAGCCUUUGGUCGUUCCCAGCUAUCGAGGGCCGCCCGAUCGAAAAAAGUCUUUCGCCCGUUGCGCGCCCGCAGACGCCUUUGCCUGUCUGAGGGCGGUUGGGUUUUUUUCGCGUCCUCCAGGCGGGGCCUCGGCGGCAAAUAUUUGUCGUGCGCUCGCUGCGCGCGCGCAGGCGCCUCGGCCUCGGGGCGCGGAAGGUUUUCGGUGCGUUCGGCAGUCGGGGGCCGUCCGGGAAAAAGUUUGCGCGUGUUGCGCGCACGCAGACCGCCCUGGCCUUGGGUGAGCGUGGGAGGUGCCUCUCCAUGGCCGGCUAAAAGGCGUUGACCGGAAAAAACCUCGCGUGGGUGCGCCGCGCGCAUCCUCACCAUGUACGGCGUCAGGGUGUGGGCUGUUUUAUUUUUUUCGCGCCCCGCGAUCGGGGGCCGGCCGGUAAAAAAUUUUCCGCGCGCACAGCGCGCGCACGCCUUGGCCCGAGGGUGUAGAAGAUCUUUUGCUCGCCCGGUGGUCGGGGGCUUGUCGAGAAAAAUUUUUCGCGAGCCGCGCGCGCACAGUAGUUUUCUUUUGGCCCACAGGCGAGGAAAGUCUUUUCCGCAACCGGGCGCCAGUUGAAAACAAAUUUUCGCGCGCGCGCGCCUGCGCGCGCGUCUUCCUUGGCCUGAGGGCGUGCGUAGACGCUCUUUUUCACGCCCGGCGGGGGUCGGGGGCCUGUCGAGAAAAAAUUAUCGCGCGUUGCGCGCGCGCGGGCACAUUAGUUUUCUUUUGGCCCGUAGGCGAUGAAAUUUUUUCUCGCAACCGGGGGCCAGCUGAAAAAAAAUUUUCGCGCGCGCGCGCGGAGCGCGCGCGUCUUCCUUGGCCUGAGGGCGUGCCUGGGCGCUCUUCUUCACGCCCGGCGGCCGGGGGCCUGUCGAGAAAAUAUUUUCGCGCGUUGCGCGCGCGCGGGCACAUUAGUUUUCUUUUGGCCCGUAGACGAGGAAUUUUUUUUCCGCAACCGGGGGCAAGCUGAAAAAAGACUUUAGCGCGCGCGCGCGCCUUCCUUGGCCCGCGGGCGUGCGUGGAAGGUUUUCUUCUCACCCGGAGGUCGGGGGCUUGUCGAGAAAAAAUUUUCGCGCGCUGCGCGCGCGCGGACGCAUUAGUUUUCUUUUGGCCCGUAGGCGAAGAAAUUUUUUUCCGCAACCGGGGGCCAGCUGAAAAAAAACUUUAGCGCGCGCGCGCUGCGCGCGCGCGCCUUCCUUGGCCCGAGGGCGUGCCUGCGUGGAAGGUUUUCUUCUCACCCGGAGGUCGGGGGCUUGUCGAGAAAAAAUUCCCGCGCGCUGCGCGCGCGCGGACGCGUUAGUUUUCUUUUGGCCCGUAGGCGAGGAAAUUUUUUUCCGCAAGAAAUUUUGUUUCCGCAACCGGGGACCAGCUGAGAAAAAAUUUUCGCGCGCGCGCACAGCGCUCGCGCGCCUUCCUUGGCCUGAGGGCGUGCUUGGAAGGUUUUCCUCUCACCCGGAGGUCGGGGGCUUGUCGAGAAAAUAUUUUCGCGCGCUGCGCGCGCGCGGGCGCAUUAGUUUUCUUCCGGCCCGUAGGCGAGGAAAUUUUUUUCCGUAAGAAAUUUUUUUCCGCAACCGGGGGCCGGCUGAAAAAAAACUUUAGCGCGCUGCGUGCGCGCGCGCGCCUUUCUUUGCGUGGGUGAGUCAGUGGCUUGAGACUUUUUUUCACGCCCGGCGGCCGGGGGCUUGCUGGAAAAAAAAUAUCGCGCGCUGUGCGCGCACACAUGUUGGCCAGGGGGCGCGGCGAGGUGUUGCUUGCACCCGGCAACCGGGGCUGCCGGAAGAAAUAGAGCAAAUUUUCGCCACCGCCCCCUGCCCGCCCGCAGGCGCCGGCCUUGGUCUGCGGGCGGGCGCGGAGGUUUUUUUCGCGCCGCCCCCUCGGGGUCUUGCCGGGAAAAUAUUCGCGGCGCGCAGGCGCCUUGUUCUGGCGCGCUUUUGCUUGCGUCCGGCGUCCGGGCAGUCCCGGAAACGACUUUCGCGCGCCGCGCGCGCGCAGCCGCCUUAGCUUGAGAUGGGCGCAGAAAGUUUUUCUUCAAUAUGAGGAAAGCUGUUCGCCUGCUAGCAAGGUGAUGACGAUGGUGAUGAAUCGCGCGCGGCUACCGGGUGUUGGCCGGAAAAAAACUUACCGCGCGCUGCGUGCGCAUAGUGGCCGUGGCGUUAGAGGGUGGGCGGGGCCGCUUCUUUCGUGUCCACGAUUGGGGGUUUGCCGGAAAAAAAAUUCCGCGCGCUCCGCGCGCGCAAGCCUUUGUGCGGAGCCUUUCUCUCCGCCCGGCAUUCGGGGGCGGGCUGGCGAAAAUUUUUCGCGCGCGCGCGCGCACAUGUUGGCCCGGGGGCGCGGUUGGGGACUUUUUGCGGACCCGCCCCCCUUCCGGGGCCGGCCCGGCUGAAAGAAAGAAUAAAGUAAAUUGUUCGCGCGCUGCGCGCACGCAACCUCCUUGGCCUCCGGGCCCGGGGCGUUUUUUUCGCGCCUAGCAGCCUGCGGCCGGCCUGGAAAAACUUUUUGUGCGUAACUUCCUUGGCCUGCGGGCCCGGCCGGAGUGUUUUUUCCGCGUCCAGCCUUUCCUUGGAGGCCCGCAGGGGAAAAAAAAUUUUGCGCGCUGCGCGCACGCAGGCACAUUGCCCCGGGGGCGCGGGGCGUUUUUUUCGCGUCCGGCCGUUGCUGGCUUGCCGGUCGGAAAAAAAGAUCGCGCACUGCGCGCACGCAGGCAGACUGGCCCGGGGGCGCGCACGCAGGCAGACUGACCCUUAUGCCUUACCUGCAAAGAGCAAGGGCCUCGCCGUCCUUUUUUCGCAUCUUUUCACUGUAGGUGAGCGCCCAGCUCCUCGGGGGGCCUAAGCGUCCGGCUUCUCGUAGCCGGAGAAGCUGGACUUCCAGCUUCUCGUAGCCGGAGAAGCUGGCCUUCCAGCUUCUCGUAGAGCCGCCCGGGGAAGCUGGACUGUCAGCUUCUCGUAGAGCCGGGGAAGAUGGACUUUCAGCUUCUCGUAGAGCCGGGGAAGCUGGACUUUCAGCUUGUCGUAGAGCCGGGGAAGCUGGGCUUUCAGCUUCUUGUAGAGCCGGGGAAGCUGGACUUCCAGCGUCUCGUAGAGCCGGGGCAGCUGGACGCCCAGCUUCUCGUAGAGCCGGGGCAGCUGGACUUCCAGCUUCUCGUAGAGCCGGGGAAGCUGAGCUGCCGGCUUCUCGUAGAGCCGGGGAGCUGGACUGUUAGCUGCUCGGAGCAGGAGUGCUGGCGUUCUGGCUGCCAGAAUCUAGAAGCUAGAUUUCUAGAUUUCUAGAACCUAGAAAUCUAGAUUUCCAGACUUCUAGAUUUCUAGAAAUCUAGUUUCUAGAUUCUUGGCCGCCAAAGUCUAGAAACAAAUCUAGAGGCUACGGAACCCAGAACCGCUAUCCCAAUAGACGUUCUGGGGUCAGAAGCUCUAUUGCAAUAGACGUUCUGACUCCAGAACCUCUACUGUGAUAGAGGUUCUGGGUCCAGAAGGUACGAGAUAGAGCUUCUCAAGCUAGAAAAUGUCAAGAAACAGUGAAAAGAUUAGAAAAAAAACAAAAAAAUCAAAGAGCAACGAAAUCACUAAGAAAAAUAAAGAAAAGAAGAAAAAAGAAAGACUGUAGAAAAUCUAGAAAAAGCUUAGAAAUCUAGAAAACCUAGAACAUCUAUGGAGAAGUUAGAAAAUGGUCGAGAACCUCUAUCAAUAGAGGUUCUUUUAGAAGUUCUUGAAUAUUUUAACUUAAAUGUUCCUUCCCAUAUCAAAAACUCCAUAUCACAGAUCGUCGACGUGCGCAUGAAGAACAGCGACGUCCGCAAGGGCCCCCCGUUUUGCUUCGUCGAGUUUACCGACCGUGGAGAUUACGCAACAGAAAUGGAGUCACAGUCAUGCUGAACUAGAACUCGCACGGCAACAAGUUGAAUGAUUUUUGCAACUACUAAAGUAGUGCGGUUGAACAUCAGCCUUUGAUAGAAAAGACUUCUGUUGCAGGGGAGCUUGUAUGGAAUCAAUAAAGUCGUGUAUUCAGUUGAAAAAUAAUGUCUUCCUUUCUUCAAAAAGACUGACUUGUUUUUUUUUGUAGUGCGGGUUCAGUGCAACGACUUUGGUCUUUCUCAACCGUUCCAUACCCGUGCGCAGGACGCUAUCAAAGAUCUGGAUCAAGCUCGUCCCUUCCGCAAGGAUGACAAGAUUACCGUGCAGUUUACUGCAGAGAAGGGCUCCAAGGGGAAGGGCAAGCGCCGGCACGACUCCCGGGACCGCGGCAGGGGCAUAUGCAUUGCAAAUAUGUCUGGAUGUCUGGAAUUCUUGUGAUGCUGGAUGGCGUAUCAUGAGGAAGCCACAAGUUUGCUGGCUCAGCAUGACAAGCUUCUGAGCUUCUAGGUGUUCUUGCCUCUUCUGCAUGACGAACUGUGUUUCAUCUGCAUGACAGAAAAAUGGGGCAGCUCUUGGGUACCGUGCAUCACAGAUUUCAACAGUCAUUCCACGGGAGCAUGACAAACAUGCAUUCUUCCAGACCCAGACAUAUUUGCAUUUGAUAGGGCAAGGGCCGCUACGACUCCCGGGACCGCGGCCGCCGGUACAGCGGGGGGAAGGACCGCGACCGCAAGGGCAUCUCGAGGGCCAAAGGUACUUUUUUUAGUACUUGAUGACAUGCAUGACAAAUCUUUUUCUUAAGGUCGGUCCGCAUUACAAAUUUUAUUUCUCAUGCUGAGAAAAUUUGUAAUGCAUUUGUAGUUUUACUAGGACGAGGACUACGAUACUUUUGCAUUGCAUCUCGAGGGCCAAAGGUACUUUUAGUACUUGAUGACUGUGCUUUUUGUUCUUGAGGUUAUUCUGCAUGACGAAGUAGGAAUCGCGAGUUUGGUUUUGUGCAACACAGACUGGUGGAUUUAUUUUUCCGAAGAAAGUACAAAGCCGAGGACGCUUGUUCCGAGGAGAAAAAAUUUCAACCACUACAUUUUCCUCCGCAUAAUUACAAAUUGAAAUUCCAGGUGAGUUGUCGGAGGGCGCUUACAAGAUCACGUUGGAGGGAAUUCCGAACGACAUGACCUGGACCGAUAUGCAAGAACUCUUCCGGCUCUUGAUCGCAGAAUGAGAGUUUGUGAUGCAGAACCACAUUGACGCUACUGGUACUGGCUGCUAUCUCUACUAUCUAUGUAUCUAUGUGGUUUUAUGCAACACAAAUUCACAAAUUCUGCGCACGAGAAACGAAAAGUUUUCAAUUCCAUACUCUAGUUGAAGGAAAUGGGAAGGCAGCAUGUGGGCGGUGACAGAUACAUGGAUGUGACGUUUGCCCGCACCUUUCGCAACCGUCAGGGCACGGCCUGCGGGAUUUUGGAGUUCAAGAGCAGGUAUAGAGAUGAAUUCGACUUGAUGUAAUUUCGGAGUUUGAAGACGAGUUUGUGCUGCGGACUUUUUAUGCACUCGUGCAUUGAUUUCUCAUGCAAAUAUCGCAAUAAUUCACUUCGUACUUCCUUCUUUUCAGGUCUAUGGCGCAGGAUUUGGUGGACAAGUUGGAUGACCGAAAGAUUAAGGGCUGGGAUGCUAUCCGAAAUUUUGCGGGGACCACUUCGAGUCAAGGUGUCAUGGGGGUAGUUUGUAUUGCAAAAUUUUGCAAGAUUAUGAAGAUGAACGGUUUCUAUUAACUUUGCAUCACAAGGGAUUGUAAGAAGUAUGCAGAUUAGCUGCAGAUUAGCAGGAUCAGCAGGAAGAUUGUUCUGCAAACCACUAUUUGGGCGAGGUUCUUGCUGCACUAUAAUAAUUGCGAUUCUGCAAUACAAAAAAACCAUUUUCUUUGACGACUCGAAGCGGCUUUACACCUCGAUAGCACAGCGUCUGCGGGUCAAGAUGGGAGACCACUCUUGGGACUGA